GGGUAAUGAAAGCUGAGUGGAUGAGCUGACCAGAAAAGAAGAGAAAGGAGGGGAAAUAGAGCGAGAGACCUCUCUAAUCCCUCUCUUCAUGGCAACAUCUCUUCUUUUUCCCUCUCAUUCUCUCUCUACCUCCAACCAUCCUCUUCUUCCAAUUGCUUCCCUCUUCAGAAAUCGGAGAAGGGUUGAUUCAGUUAAGAAGAAAUUCAGAUUACUUGAGAAAACUCCAGUAUGCUUGUGCGCUCCUUCAAAUGCCACCUUGCAAAAUGGUAUUUUUUUCAGGAGGGACUUGAUGCUUUUUGGUUUCUCUUCUUCACUUGCUUUGAUCUUUCCACAGUCAGGGUUCAGUGCCACUGAAGAAGUGAAAAUGACUUCAAUGGUUGAUGACAUAAAUGCUUAUUCUUACUUGUACCCUGCAGAAUUGCCAUCUAGAAAGUUUGUCUUCAAAUGGUAGGCAUUUUAUGCAACUAAC